AUGACUUUACGAACAUUGAUUUAUGGUGCGCGGCAAAUUGUCACUGUCACACGUAAUAGAAAUGAGAAGUUGCUGUGUGGCAAGGACAUGCAUGACAUUGGUAUUGUUAAAUCGGAUGCAGUUGGUUUAAGUUUACUGAUUGAAAAUGAAGAUAUCGUUGCAAUUGGAACUGAUGAUGAUAUCGCUCGAGAGUUUGAAGGGGUUGAAGUUGAUCAAAAGAUCGAUGCUACUGGCUGUUGCAUAUUACCUGGGUUCAUUGAUGCACAUACGCAUCCAAUCUGGGCAGGUGAUCGAGUUCACGAAUACGCUAAAAAAUUAGCAGGUGCAACUUACAUGGAAAUUAUGCGUGAAGGCGGCGGUAUUGGUUUUACUGUUGAACAAACUCGACUAGCAAGUGAUAAAGAUCUCCUAGUCUCUUUAGUUGCUCGUUUGAAACGCAUGCUGCAUGCUGGAACGACUUAUGUCGAAUGUAAAACAGGCUAUGGGCUCGAGUGGCCGGAUGAGUUACGUCUAUUGAAACUACUCGAACAAGCUCGUUCACAUGUACCGAUCGGUAUUUCAAUCACUUAUUGUGCAGCGCAUGCGAUUCCAAAAAACAAAACGGCGGAAGAGAUGACAGACGACAUUGUUAAUAAUCAAACAAAAGCAUUGAAAAAACUAAUGGAUGAAAAAGAACUGAAUGUUAAUGAUAUCGAUGUUUUUUGUGAAAAAGGCGUUUAUGAUAUUGAACAAAGUCGACGGAUACUACUAGCCGGAAAAGAAAUCGGAUUGUCAAUCAAUUUCCAUGGCGAUGAACUUAACUAUACUGGUUCUGCUGAAAUGGGUGCGGAGAUCGGUGCACGAGCGAUUAGCCAUCUGGAAUGUAUCUCAGACGAAGGUAUUCGUGCAAUGGCUGAAGCAAAAACAGUAGCUGUCAUUCUACCGCAUACGGGUUACAUCUUACGGAUUGAGUUACCGCCCGUACGACGGAUGAUCGAUGCUGGAGUACCCGUUGCACUGGGCACAGAUGCAAACCCCAACGCCUUUUCAUCAGCAAUGUCAAUUUCAAUGAAUUUAGCUUGUGUCUUAUGUCGCAUGAGUUUAGAAGAAGCACUAGCAGCAGCGACAAUCAACAGCGCUGCAGCAUUGGGUAUAUCAGACAAAUACGGAUCGAUUGAAGUUGGCAAGAAAGCCGAUCUGAUUAUUUGUCGAUGCCCAUCAUGGGAACAUAUAAUCUAUCAGUUCGGCGAUCAUACUCACCUAAUUCGACAUGUUUUAAAACAUGGUGCAAUUGUUUAUACGAAGAACGCUUAG